AUGAAGAUGUUCGUCGGAGAAAAGAGAAGAUGGAUUCUCCGACCAACUAUGGGGAAGAAAGAAACCCUAGCUCCCCUACUGUUUCCACUUCCAACCAGAGCCACGUCGAUCCUUUCGUUCCCGGACUCCUCUCCGAUCUCCUUCGACGAAGCGCUCGAGAAAGCUCUCGCUUCCGCUUCCCCUCAUGUCUCCGUUCAGGAUUGUCUUGCCGAUCGAAUUCAACAAAUCACAUCGGGUCUUCUAAAAUCCACUGAACGAUACUUCCAGAAGCGAGAUGCUUUCCACAAUUCCUCCCUCGCGAACUCACUAUUAAGAACUCCAAUGCGAGCGGCUACUUGCUGCACCAUGUUCCGCGACUGCGCAAUGGACUUGAGAACCGAAUAUUAUAAGGAUAAAGAUGUAGGCAAUAGAGUUUUGUUCAAUAUGGUCGAUCGGGCUGGAAAAGAAAUCAGAUCCCUCAAACUUGGUCGUGUUACUCGCGGAUCUUCUCCAUCUGUGGGAAGAGGAACUUGUCUUUUGCUGCUAUCUGAUUAUGAUGGUUUUCACGGCUUAACUAAUAAGUAUGUAACAGGUACAAUAGACACUACAACCUGUCCAUCCUUGAUAAAGUUUGUGACCUACUCCCCCAACUUAACUUCUUUAACGCUCAUAAAUUUUCCACUAACCGAUGAAAUGGCCGGAAUUCUAGCUGAGAGCCUCAAGAAUAUUUGGAUGUUAUUUGCAGAGUUCUCAUACGCUGAAGUACCUGAAUCUGUCCAGAUCGUCUACAAUCAAGGGGAUUUGGGACAUAGCUGCAAAGACAGUCCACUCAAGACGCUAAUAUUGCGCAACUGUUUUAAUCUAGAGGAGAGAGAAGUCUUGCAACUGUGUGAGUCACUAGUCACAGGAGGCUUCAAAUCCAUUCAACACAUUGAUGUUUCGAAUAAGCGUGGCUUACUUGCUGUUGGUGGCAAGAAGAGAUCUUACAAACCAAAGAACCAAAGUAUAAAAUCGGGUUUGUGUUUGAAAAUUUCAGGCCAGAAGAGUGUUAUCAUGUCUGUUGUGGAGUGGAUGAAGAAGCGUUGA